AUGACUGACACAAUACGUCAACACCCACAUUGGACACUCCAACCUCAUAAGGAACCCAGCGACCUUCCAGAACCCGUAAUUUCCUUUACCCUUUUCAAUCCCACUAUUCGCCGAAUGGGUCCGUGUGAUGGAUGUACCCACCUUCCAAUCCAAGAUUCGCGGCCUCGCCAGUACCUGAGCCAGCGUUCCCAUGACGGUAGGAAACCACGCCCGGUGCUCACCGACAAUGGGGGCUUUGUCUGUCUCAUCUGGGGCAAUUACCUCACUGGGGAUCUGCUGUGGUUAGCGGCAGGUAGCGGCGACAGCAACAGUGUCUUCUGA